AUGCUAUGCGCGAGCUUCCAGGCACAAGCAGCAUUUGACGUGGGAUCCUAUCCGGCUGGUGUUGCAGUUGGCGAUUUUAACGGGGAUAGCUAUCUCGAUAUCGUGGCUACAAAUUAUAUCAGCAAUACAGUGAGCGUCCUGCUCGGGACUGGAUCGGGAAGCUUCCAGGCACAGUCCACAUUCAACACGGGAUCUGGUCCAACUGGUGUUGCAGUGGGCGAUUUCAAUGGAGAUGGCUAUCUCGAUGUCGUGGCUACGAAUUAUAUCAGCAAUACAGUGAGCGUCUUGCUCGGGACUGGAUCGGGAAGCUUCCAGGCACAGUCCACAUUUGACACGGGAUCUGGUCCAACUGGUGUUGCAGUGGGCGACUUCAAUGGAGAUGGCUAUCUCGAUAUCGUGGCUACGAAUUCCGGUGGCACUACGGUGAGCGUCUUGCUCGGAACUGGAUCGGGGAGCUUCCAGACGCAGGCCAUAUUCGAUGUAGGGUCUGGUCCGACUGGUAUUGCGGUGGGUGACUUCAACGGAGAUGGCUAUCUCGAUAUCGUGGCUACAGAUACCCACAAUUCUAUAGUGAGUGUCUUACUCGGGACUGGAUCGGGAAGUUUCCAGACGCAGGCCACAUUCGAAGUAGGGGGCGAACCGUACGGUGUUGCGGUGGGCGACUUCAACGGAGAUAGCUAUCUCGAUAUCGUGGCUACAAAUUACGUUGACGGGACAGUGAGCGUCUUGCUCGGAACUGGAUCGGGGAGCUUCCAGGCGCAGACCACAUUCGAUGUAGGGAACAAGCCAUACGGUGUUGCGGUGGGCGACUUCAACGGAGAUGGCUAUCUCGAUAUCGUGACUACCAACCACGGUAGUGGUACAGCGAGCAUCUUGCUCGGGACUGGAUCGGGAAGCUUCCAGGCGCAGACCACAUUCGAAGUUGGGGGGAACGAACCUAACGGUGUUGUGGUGGGUGAUUUUAAUGGAGAUGACCGUCUCGACAUUGUGGCUGCGAAUUACGUCGACGGUACUGUGAGCGUCUUGCUCAACCAGCCUUGCGGUUCUUAG